ACGGUCCGGGCAGGCUAUGUUUUCUUUCUACUGGAUCUUAAGCUGGACCGGAUCAGUAGAUUGAGGAGCAGGCUUUAGAGAGCCCAGUGUCAAUCUGGAAUCUAAGCCUUUCUAUCAGAGCGCAAAACUCGUGUCCAGGACACCAGCCUUAGCGGGGAGCAGGGGCCCGUGUGUCGGGAAAUAAGGACGAAUGGUUGCAGGCACAGUUUCUGGAACCUGCGUUUUGUGCCUCCUUUGCUCGUAUUUGGAAAAACCGCUGGAGAAAGGCGCCGAUUUCAUUCUGCAAUACAGAACUUUGAAGCGAGACAGGAAGGAAAAACGAGAGGCGGAAAGGGUCAGGUCAGAAGAUACUGAAGAUUACUACACAUUACUGGGAUGUGAUGAACUAUCUUCGGUUGAACAAAUCCUGGCAGAAUUUAAAGUCAGAGCUCUGGAAUGUCACCCAGACAAGCAUCCUGAAAACCCCAAAGCUGACCCAGGAGAUAAAUCAGAAUGUCUCGCAAGACUUCCAGCAUCAUUUGCUCCUAUAAGCUUACAAAAUGAGAUCUCUCUUCCCAGAACUGUGGAGACUUUUCAGAAACUGCAGAAGGCAAAGGAGAUUCUGACCAAUGAAGAGAGUCGAGCCCGCUAUGACCACUGGCGAAGGAGCCAGAUGUCGAUGCCAUUCCAGCAGUGGGAAGCUUUGAAUGACUCAGUGAAGACGUCAAUGCACUGGGUUGUCAGAGGUAAAAAAGACCUGAUGCUGGAAGAACCUGACAAGACUCAUACCACCAAGAUUGAAAAUGAGGAAUGGAAUGAGCAAAGAGAAAGAAAGAAAGAGGAGCUGGCUUCAACCGCAGAGAAAACGGAGCAGAAAGAACCCAAGCCCCUAGAGAAGUCAGUCUCCCCGCAAAAUUCAGAUUCUUCAAGUUUUUCAGAUGUGAAUGGUUGGCACCUUCGUUUCCGCUGGUCCAAGGAUGCUCCCUCAGAACUCCUCAGGAAGUUCAGAAACUAUGAAAUAUGAAAUAUCUCUGCUUCAAAAAAUGAGGAAGAGCAAGACUGUCCCCUAUGCUGCCAACAUGCAGUCUUUGUUUAUGUCUUAAAAAUGUCAUGUUUAUGUCAUGUCUGUGAAUUGCUGAGUACUAAUUGAUUCCUCCAUCCUUGAAUCAGUUCUCAUAAUGCUUUUUAAAUGAGAAAAAUUCAGAUGAUGAAUUUCUUCCAAUAUUUGAAUAAAUUAAAGCUCUUAGAUACAGAGUAGAUUGUAUUAUAUGCUUUUUCCUAUUAAUACUUCUUAUAGAAAUCCAUUAAAAAAUCAAUCUCUGUACAGUGUAUUUAAAUAUUUCAUUGACAUACUGUGAUCUCUAUUAGUGAUGGAUGUACAAAAAAUGUUUUCUUACCCUUGACUUACAAUGAAAUGUGAAAUUACUUGUCUGAACCCUGUGGGGAGAAAUAAAUAAUUUUCCCAAAGUUCAUAAA